UGCAGAAGCAAGAUGCUUCCAAUAACCCAAGUCUGGAAACACAAUUUGGAGGCAGAGAUGUCACGACUGGACAGGGCUCUUUUCAAGUACAAAGUGAUGUCUAUUGACACCGAAUUUCCUAGCUCUAUACGCGAUACACCGAGAGAUGGGUCUGAGACAAAGAGAUACAAAGACUUGAAGUUCAACGUUGGUUCUCAAAUGAUCCAAUUGGAUAUCACAUAGUCUGAUGAGAGGGACACUAGUUUUGGGGCAUGGGAAUUCAACUUCUAUUUCGAUCUUGCUGAGGAUUUGUGUGUUUUUGAGUCCGUGGAACUCUUAAAAAAGAAUGGUUUGGACUAUGACAAACAUGCAAGGGAAGGUAUUUACAUGUCUGGGUUUACCAAGAUUUUCACAGCUGUUCUUGCAAAACACAGGGAUUUGUUCUGGGCUACUUCUCUUGGCCUGUAUGAUCUAGCCUAUAUACCGGGGUUGAUCACCCAUUGCUCCAUUGCCAGAUUCACUUCCCUCCUUGGCACUGUAUUCGACAGAGAUGUGGAUGUUAAGUACAUGACCAGAUUUUGUGAAGGGCUCUGUGGUGGUGAAUUGGGUUUGUCCAAAUUGGCUAACAUAUUGAGGAUUGAGAGAGAGGGUGGAGCACACCAAGCAGGAUCAGAUAGUUUAUUGACCAUCCUAGCUUUCGCCAAAGUAGACAAAGUUACAAGGUAA